AUGAACAAAGCCACCCAUUAUGAAGUGCUGAAUGUACCUGCACAAGUCACACCAGAUGAACUGAAAAAGUCAUACAGGGUUUUGCUACUCUCCACUCAUCCAGAUAAAAGUAAUGUUACCACAUCAAAAUACAGUAUCGAUCAAAUCAAAGAAGCCUAUAGAAUUCUGAGUGAUCCAGUUUCACGUAAAACAUAUGAUGCACAUCUUUUAGAAGAAGGUAAGAAGAAUGGUUUCUACAAUGUCGGUGAUGCACUAGAUGAAGUCUCCUUAGAUUCAUUCGCAUGUCAUGAAAAUGAAGAUUUGAUGGAAUACACAAUGAAAUGUCCAAGAUGUCAAGUCAAAGAUGGUUUUAAGCUUAAUGAUGAUAUCUUAGACGAAUUUGCAGUUAGUUGCAAUGAAAGAGAUCAAGGUUUGUUUCAAGUUCUUGUUCAAUGUGAUUCAUGCAGUCUGUGGUUGAAAGUAAAUUUUUACGCUUUAGAAUCAGAAGAAUAA